AUUAAAUAAAAUCCAAAACUACCCGCGUCAAUUGGGUCUUUAUACCGGAGUGACCCGGGGAAUAUAUCCGCAAAAACCUGCCAAGCAAUGCAUUUAUAAGGUCCACUGUGUUUCGAUAAUACCACUGCGUUUCCAAUAUAAAUCUAUUUUUUAUUGAACUCCGUGAAUAGUGAGUUGUACACAGAGCAAGUGAAAAUGUCUACCGCAGCUGCAACUCAGCAUCGACCACUUGGAUUUAUUGGUCUGCAUACAGAAUUCACAAAAGCGCUUAAUGAGGCAUUCCAAAAACAGGACGCACAAAUUUUACGCUCAUCCUACGAGUCGUUUGGUGCUAACACGGACCAUGACAAAAAGUCGCCAAUGGAUCAAGCAUUUCGCGAAAUGCUACUUUUCCGGUUAAGUGACAAUGUCGAACAGGUGGGUGCGCUAGUGCGUCUCUCUGUAGAAGCAGUACGUGCAGAAAUUGUCUCGGUCACUAUACCUGUUGUACUAUUGGGUGACAUUUUCGAUGCAGUCACACUCGAUAAGUGUGAACAAAUAUUCAGUUUCGUUGAAGAAAUGGUUGAAGUUUGGAAGGAGGACAUAUUUUUUUCAUCAUGCAAAAAUAACAUAUUAAGAAUGUGCAACGAUCUUUUGAGGCGUUUGUCACGUGCACAGAAUACAGUGUUUUGUGGACGCAUUCUAUUAUUCCUUUCGAAAUUUUUUCCGUUUUCUGAACGGUCGGGUCUCAAUAUUGUCUCGGAAUUCAAUCUGGACAAUGUCACAGAAUAUGGUGUUGAUGGUAAAGAUUUAGAUGACACUGUAGAGGACACCGUGGAAGAUAUUCCCAUUAAAAUUGAUUAUAAUCUGUAUUGCAAAUUUUGGUCAUUGCAAGAUUUCUUCCGCAAUCCCAAUCAAUGUUACAGCAAAGCGCAAUGGAAAAUGUUUCAAGCUCACGCUGGUACUGUUUUGGAAGCUUUUGAUAGCUUCAAGCUGGAGGAACCCCGCCUUAGUAGUGCGGCAGACAAAACAGAUGGCUCUCUUAUGACUGGUGAUUAUUUGGAAAGCAUGAAAAUGGAGUUGGCAGCCGACUCUACAGCAGGAACAGAUGAGUUAAAGACCAGCGAUGCCGAGCAGAUCGUACGGCAGUCGGAUCACUUCUUCGCAAAGUUUCUAACCAACCCGAAAUUGCUAACAUUGCAAUUGUCCGACUCAAAUUUCCGACGUUCUGUUCUCGUGCAGUUUCUAAUACUUUUCCAAUAUCUACAGUUGACUGUUAAGUUUAAGACUGAAUCAAAUACACUGACCACAGCUCAAACAGAUUUCAUUAAGGAAACCGAAAGCAAAGUGUAUAAAUUACUCGAGGAAACACCACCAAAUGGCAAACGCUUCUCACGCACAGUACAACAUAUGUUGACACGCGAGGAAAUGUGGAACAACUGGAAAAAUGAUGGCUGCAAAGAAUUCCGCAAGCCUGAUGAAACAGAGACAGAGAAUGGCUCAAAUAAGGAUGCAAACAACACAGAUUCUUCCGCGUCCAAACCACCAGCAGCGAAACGGCCUAAACGCACACUAGGCGAUAGCUUACGCGAUGCGCAUCGCAGUGGAAAAUUCUUUCUUGGCAAUGACGUGCUCACAAGGCUUUGGAAUUACUCGCCCGACAAUCUGCAGGCCUGCAAAAGCGAAGAACGUAAUUUCUUGCCACAAGUAGAAACAUUCCUCGAGAAUCCACAUGAAAAGAAUGAUCCCUCAUUUGAAUGGCGGGCUCUACGCUUACUCGCACGGCAAUCGCCACACUUCUUCACCUUUUUAAACUCUCCGUCAUACAAAAUAGCUGAUUACCUCGAGGGUGUGCGCCGUCGAUUGGCUAAAGAUCGUAUAGACAAUGCGAAAGCAGCUUUGAACGCAAACAAUGCCGCAACAGCUGGAGGUGGUGGUAAUUCGUCGACCGAAUCGAAUAACACAAACGAAUCCAACAGCGAUGAGCAGGGUUCUAAUAAUCAAGAGGGCGAAGGCGAUGGCGAAGCCGAUGGCGAUGGUGAAGGUGAAAAUGAUGGUGAUGGCGAUGGAGAUGCAAUGCUAACGGAGGAAGAUGUGCAGGGUGAUUUAGACAAGGGCGAUGACGAUCGUAAUGAUCACACCAAGCCGAUGACCGCGAGUAGAGAGCAAAUAGAGGAAAUAGCGCCACUAAUUGGAGAUGAUUGGAAGAAAUUGGGCAAAAAAUUGGGCUACACCGCUGACGAGCUGCUCUACUUCGAGACGGAGCAUCCAGAUCGUGAUGGUGGCUGCAUUGCAAUGCUGAGCAACUGGUUCGCCGAUGACGAUGACGCUAGUCUCGAUAAUUGGGCGUAUAUGCUGGAGGGUUUGGAAAUAAAUGCUGCAGCAAAAGCAGUGAAAGCGCUCGUAGAUCGUCUCACAAACAAAGGUGACAAAGUAGAGGUGGUCUCAGAUUGAGCAAAUAAACAAAUAUUUUUAAUCAUUUUUUCUGAAUACAACAUUGACGUUGCAAAAUCAC